AUGGUUGGCAUGGGAGGCAUGGAGGGCAUGGGAGGCAUUGGUGGCUUCAGAGCUACCAUGGACGGCAUGGGAGGCAUGGGUGGCUUCGGAGAUACCAUGGGGGCCAUGGGAGGCAUGAGUGGCUUCAGAUGUACCAUGGGAGGCUUGAGUUUUGCGUCUCUCAUGGGAGGCAUGGGAGCACCUCCGGGUGACAUGGGUGGACGCAUGUCUUCCGGUGUGUCUCACAUACCUUCGCAUGAUGCCGUUGAAGAUCUUGCCAACGCCUUCCGAGCUUCCCAUGAUGAUGCGGCGCGACACAAUGAAGUGGAGGAAGAAGAAUCGUCUUCGGAGGAUGAAGAAACGGAGGAAGAGGACGAAGAUGAGGAUGAUGAGGCAUGA